GCUGUCUAAGGUUUCGUACUUGACACUUCGUUUUAUAUUUCUCAGCUUCAAGUAAGGCAUCUUCAAAAGAGAUGGAACGGAUUGACAACCUAUUUUAUUUUUAUGCCAGUAGGUCUUCUGGUAUGAUUGACCCAGAAGGAAUCGAAACUCUAUGUUCCAACAUGGAAGUUGAUCACACAGAUGUUAGGAUCUUGAUGCUUGCUUGGAAAAUGAAAGCUGAAAAACAAGGAUACUUUACCCUGGAGGAAUGGAGAAGAGGACUAAAAGCACUGAGGGCUGAUACUGUAAGUAAGUUAAGGAAGGCCCUACCAGAGCUAGAAAAAGAGGUCAGGAGACCAUCAAACUUUGAGGAUUUCUAUUCCUAUUCAUUCUGCUAUUGCCUGACAGAGGAGAAACAAAAGAGUAUUGAUAUAGAAAGCAUAUGUCAAUUGCUGGAUCUUGUUUUAGGAUCCCAAUUCCGUGCACAGGUUGACUAUUUUAUUGAGUAUUUGAAGAUUCAGAGCGAUUAUAAGGUCAUAAACUUGGAUCAAUGGAUGGGCUUUUUUCGAUUCUGCAAUGAGAUAACUUUCCCGAACCUUGGUAAUUAUAAUCCGGACCUCGCUUGGCCGUUGAUCCUGGACAACUUCGUAGAAUGGAUGCAGGGAAGC